GAUAUCCACUUGGAUAUCCUCAUUGACGACCAUCCGCUCGCGCGGCGACCCGGACUCGCUGUUUUUCCCUUGAAAGGGAACCUCGGCGUUAACUAUGGCCACCGCUGCCACCACCCCGCUGUCCAUGCAAUCCCGCACUGGCCGGAGUAACCAAAGAUACGGCGCCCAAGGCGAACGGCUCGUCGCCGGCAUUGUUCCGCUCUCCUCCGACAAGUACUACGUUCUCCUGAUCCAGUCCACGAGAAAGGGCGGAUGGGUGCUCCCCAAGGGCGGCUGGGAGACCGACGAAGCCACCGCUCAAGAUGCCGCCAAGCGAGAAGCAUGGGAAGAAGCCGGCAUCAUCUGCACGGUGAAAUACGACCUGGGCCUCAUACCCGAGAAGCGGAGUGCGAACCAGCUCACCUCUACCGCACCGAAAGCAUCAUAUCAGUUUUUCGAGGCCGUCGUUGAGAAACAAGAGGCCAAAUGGCCGGAGAUGCACAAGCGAGGCCGUCAAUGGUUCACCUACACACAAGCCAAGGAGGCCCUAAAAGACCGACCGGAACUCCUCGACGCACUCGACCGGUGUACCAUGCACCGAUAACCUCACGCUGAAAUCGACGCUCCGUGCGAGAUACGAACGAACGCUUCCCGCAAAAAGUGGCUGAAGCUCUCUCAACGAACGACACGAACCCCCCAUUCUGUCGAUCGGCUGAUUUCUUGAUUCCAGCGUAAUGCAUAACGGCAGGGUUUUCUUCACAUAAAAAGUCAAUGGGGUCAUAGAACUUGACGUUUCCCCUUUUUGUGUUCUUUAUUUUUUUUUCUGCUCAAUUUUUUUUUACACUGCUGGCUGUUCUUUUA